UCUCGUCACUCACUUUUCCACGCCAUGUGGGUUCUAAUAUUUGCAGGUCUCUUAGCGGUCUCUGUUGGUAAGGAGACCGCCACAAAUGUAGCCGAGAAACCAGAAACAGCGAAAGCAGAGGAGCUCGUUCUUUUGGAAAUAGAUGUCAAAGAGCCUGCCAAAAGGUCACCACUUUCGGCAAGUGGAGUUUAUGGAGCAUCACCAAAUCAAUAUAUUAUUAGGCACGGUGACGACGCACAAGAGUUGGCACCAGAAUACUUAGCUCUCCUGCAACAAACGUACACUCAACAGCAACCACAACAGUUUGCUCAGAACAAUCCGCCACAACCCCGAAAGCCUCUAUCGCCAUUUGCUAGACAACAGCAGCAACUGCAGACCGCUUAUCAAAAUCGCCGAGUCCCUGCAAUCGCACCACCGAGACCUCGAGUUCAACUCCAUCCUCAAGCUUUGGCUCAAGCCGAAUAUGCCGCCGAACUCCAAGCUCAACAAGAUGCCCAUGAUCGGGCCGAAGCUCGUGCUAGAUUGAGGGCCAGUGCAACCGAUUCCAACUACCAAACUGCGGCAUAUCCGGAACAAAAAUUGGGAACCUUCGAGCAGGAACUCCUUCAACUCGUUUCUGCGAAUCAAGCGCAGGAAUUCAAGUUGGCAGCCGCGCAGCCAAAUAGACCAGCUCCCCAAGCCUACCAACCCCAAUACUCCCAACAGCAGUUGGUCAACUACCAACAACAACAACCGCAAUACGUGAAGCCAACCGUCGAACCCCAACUUCCUGAACAGUACCACAUCGAAACCUCCGCACCCAGAUACCAACAGCCGGAGCAAUUGGCAGCCUAUCAACCCCAACAACCGCAACAACUCGCCUACCACCGAACCGUUCCCAUCCAAACCGACUACGUCAAACCCACCAAACAAUACCGCCCCACUCCCGCUCCCCAAUACGAAUACAGCGGUCAAGGCCAAGCCCAAAACUACGGCUACUCCAACGAAGACGUCGCUCAAGCCCAAGCAGCAGCCCAAGCCGCCGCCCUCGCCUUCCAAAAAAUCACCCAAGCCUCCCACACCAAGCACCAAUCCGACGCCCUCGAGCAAAUCCGCAUCACCGAGGAGAACUUUCGCCAACAGACAGCCCUCGAGAAAAUCAAGGAAGGCGAACAAGUAAGUGAAGCCGGCAAAGUCCACAUCGAAGAGCAGUACCAACCAAAGGACCCCGAAGCCGCCUAUCGCGCCCAAAUCAAAGCCCAAGCCACCGCCGAGGCCGCAGCCGCCCGUCGCGCCCAAGAAGCCGCCGAAUUCAAAGCCCACGCCGACGCCAUCCUCGUGGUCCAGGCCCAACAACAACAACACGUCAAGGCCCAAGAGCAGGCCCACCAGAACGCCCUCAACUUCGAGCGCAACCAAAUUCACGCCCAAGAGCAAGCCCAGGCCCUCGCCAACGCCCAAGCCCUAGCCCUCUACAAAGCCCAUCAGGCCCAACGCGCCAAAGCCAAUUCCGAAAUCCAAACCGUCGCUCGCGCUCAAGCCAACGCCAGGAAAACCGACCCCGACCACGUUCCCGCCGUCCAGUACCUUCUCCCCAAUCCCGAAACACUCCCCCAACAAAACUCCUUUUUCACCAACGAUCAAAAUCAAAAAUACCAAGCCUCUGGCUCAUCCUACGUUCCACGAUCAGCCCCAAAACCACCACCACAAGAAACUAAUCAAGAAUCCCCCGACACCGAAUACUCCCAACCAAUCAUCAAUCAACCCCGUCAGGCCCACAAACACAAAAUUCCCGCUCAAUCCUACGUCUCACAAUCCGGCCUCUUGAAGAAAGCCCCCGUUAAAUCCCUCACCAUCGAAGAUAUCAUCGACACCACCCAAAGUCGAACCCCCCAAUUCGUUCGUAUUCCCAGUUCAAAAAUCCAAACCCUCACCCAACAGGAUUUGGCCUCACUCAUCAACGCCGGCUACACUGUCACUCCAGUUCCAGAAACAACGAAACCCACCCGACGACCAUACGCUGUCGAGAGUACAUCCGCUGGUUAUUAUCUCAAGAAACAACGAAAUCAACCCGUCCAACGACCCGAGUACAUCGCAUUCGAGGAGGUUAUUUCACGACCAAGGCCAAUUAGGAAAAAUCGUCCAAUAUUGAGACAAGAGGAGAAUGAUAGCGAGGCUAGUGAAAAAGUUACUUUCUUAGUGCCUGUUGAACCUGUCUAUGGUACCAGGCAAGUAUCUCAAUCUGCGCAAAAUUAGGGAAACAUUUUUUUUUGUAAUCAUCCUAUGGCGUCAAUAUGUAAAAAUGGUAAUAAACAAUUAUUGUUAAAUUACGAUUUUAUUGUGAAGAGAAAAAUUCAGUCAUUGUGUACUUUUAGUCACUAUUAUUGAGAAUAUACUGUUGAUAAUUUUUUAAUAUAUUAUUUAAAUAAUAUGUAUAUUUUUUCUAAAUAAUUCAAUUGUUAUCUCUAUGUAUAUUUCAAUGUCCACUCUUUCUUUAAAUUUCUUUCUUUUUGAAUUUUUAAGUUGAAAAUAACUGAUUUAGGAGAAGAAAAAAGUCAACAACAUUUCGAUCAAUGUUGAAUAAAAAUAAUGCCAAUAUUGCCCAACGAAUAAUGUUGAGGACAAUUUUGCCCUGUGAAAAUGUUGCCGGGGAAUAUUUUUUUUUUUUUGAUAAUUUUUUGUACUAAUUAGGUAUCAAUCAGUUGAAAAUUAUUUAUUCAGAAGAGUAAAACUAAAUCGAUGAUUCAUAUUUCAACUUAUUGUUUAGUUAAAAAGAAAUGUUGUCAGUAGAACUACUGACUAUCAGUAAAAAAAUAACUGAUUAUCAAUAAAAUACUCAUUAUCAAUCAAAAUCACUGAUUGUCAUAAAAAAACACUGAUUAUCAAUCAAAAUAACUGAUUUUCAGUAUAUAUAACUGAUUAGCAGGAAAUAUAACUGACUGUCAGUGAAAAAUACUGAUUAUCAAUGAAAAUAACUGAUUUUCAGUAUAUAUAACUGACUGUCAGUAAAAAUACUGAUUAUCAACCAAAAUAACUGAUUUUCAGUAAAUAUAACUGACUGUCAGUAAAAAUACUGAUUAUCAACCAAAAUAACUGAUUUUCAGUAAAUAUAACUGACUGUCAGAAAGAAAUACUGAUUGUCAAUAAAAAUAA